AUGCCUGAAGGUUUGGAGACGUUAAGGCGUCAGCGCGGAACGUGCAAGGCGCGUCUCACACAUUUUGAGACGUUCAUAACCGGGUUUAGCGAAAGUGGCGAACCGGUAGAAGCUUUAAAAGCGAAAAUCAAAUUCGUACAAAAUUCAUGGUCUCAGUUUGAUAGAGUGCAAUCGCAAAUCGAAACGUUAGACGGGGAUGAUGCGGAGCGUCCGGUCAUCGAGGAUCGAUACUGUCUCCUUCUUGGUCGUGCUCGUGCCCUCGUAAAUACAUUGACCCGCCCUGCAGGGGCAAAUCGCGAACAUGCAGAUGUUGGUAACGCAAAUAACGGUAUUAAAGUCAAGCUGCCAGCGAUAAACCUUCCGGUGUUCGACGGAAAUCCGGAAAAAUGGCUAGAGUUUCGAGACAGCUUUCAAGGGCUCAUAGAUGGUAAUUGCGAGCUAACAAACAUUCAGCGUAUGUAUUAUCUUAGAUCAUCUCUGAAAGACCGAGCCGCAGAAGUUAUUCAGUCUUUAGAGUCCUCCGCGGAAAAUUACCCGAUCGCUUGGAAUCUCUUGACGAAAAGGUUUGAAGAUAAACGCGCUAUUGCCAGCAGGCAUUUGCAAUUAUUGUUGGAUGUUUCGGUCAUGCAAAAGGAAUCGGGAAACCAAUUGAGACAAACUCUCGACGGUAUUCUUCGUCAUAUUCGGGCAUUAGAGUCGCUCCGAGCAAAUACCUGGGAUACAAUUAUUAAUCACUUAAUGAUCGCAAAGUUUGAUUCCGCCACUCGCCGUAAGUGGAGAUCCCACAUAAAAGAUAAGGAAGAUAUCACGGUUGCCAGCUUGACUGAAUUUCUCGAGGAGAGAUGCUCCAUAAUCGAGCCUGAAACAAGCAGAUCAGUUUCGGGAAAGCCACAGAGAAACAAAUCGAUGUCGCAGCAAAGGAAAGUCGACGGUUCAACCGCCUUCGCGAGCACGAGCAAGGAGAAUCGAUCAAUGCGUAAAUGUACAUUUUGCGACGAGGAAUCACACAUGAUGUACGCGUGCAAUAAGUUCAAGGACUUAACCGUUCUUCAGAGAAUAUCCGCGGUAAACGAACGAAAACUCUGCCGCAAUUGUUUGCGUCCUAAUCACUUCGCGCAAGAUUGUCAAUCGUCUGCAUGCAAGAAUUGCAAUGCUAAGCAUAACACGUUAUUACAUCCGAGCAACCAUGCCGAAAAGGUGGUAAAUUCAGAAAUCGCGAAUGCGAGUAGCGUUAGCGUUGGGAACGCAAGGCAACAAGAUUCGAGCGUUAAUUGUAAUAGCGUCAGUUUCCCGGUGCAAUCUAGAGUGCUGUUGUCUACGGCCCGCGUAUGGAUCACGAUGCUUCUGUAUAAUUGCUCAGUAGGAGCCCUGGCCUCAUCAAUUAAUCUCACGGAAUGCGCAUCUACGGUAAUUCAGUCUCGACAUACCGCGUAUCGAGCCAAGGUUCAAUUCCUAAUAGUAAAACAAAUAAUAGAACAAUUGCCGCUCUCAAAGAUAGCUGUAGAUCAGUUGCGAAUUCCUCCGAAUAUCAAGCUCGCCGAUGAGAGAUUCUACAUUCCCGAUAGAGUCGAUGCGAUAUUAGGCGCGAGCGUGUUUUGGGAGUUGUUAUGCAUCGGACAAAUCAAGCUUGGUAAAUCCUUACCGAUCUUACAGAAAACGCAUCUGGGAUGGGUCGUGUCGAGAGACGUUGCGUUAGGCGAUCCACCAAGGUUUUAUAUUUGUUGCUUCUCAUCGGAGGCUACGCUUCAUAAUCAAAUCGAGAAAUUUUGGAAGAUCGAGGAGGUUGAGCAUAAAGCCGUUAUGUCGAGCGAUGACGAGAUUUGCGAGCGUCAUUUCAUGAAGACUCAUUGGCAGGACGAUACCGGGCGUUUCACCGUGAGCCUUCCUUUCAAAGGCAAUCCCAGCGAAUUGGGAGAAUCCCGCAGCUAUGCUUUGAAGUUGUUUUACAAGCUGAAACGAAGGUUAGAAAAGAAUGCGAAGCUUCGAGAGGACUACGUGAAAUUUAUGAACGAAUGCAUCGAGUUCAAUCACAUGUCCGUCAUCAAUUCUGAGCAAGAGGAGCCUGUUGCGGUGUAUUAUAUUCCGCAUCAUCCGGUCGUUACCCACGAAGGGGGUAAGCUACGCGUGGUGUUCAAUGCUUCGGCGAAGACUUCCUCAGGGAAAUCGUUGAACGACAUACUUCGAGUGGGUCCUAACAUCCAGCAAACUUUAUUCGCAAUCGCAUUGCGUUUUCAACAGCAUCUGUACGUCAUAACGGCGGAUAUUGUAAAAAUGUAUUGCCAAGUAAACCUCCAGGAGGAUCAAAGGCAUCUUCAACGCAUCCUAUGGAAACCUAGCAUCGACGGGCCCAUUCUGGAUCAUCUACUUCUCAUGAUAAUUUAUGGCAACGCAGCGUCGGCGUUUCAGGCCAUACGGUCGUUACAUCAAGCCGCCCACAACGCACGCAAAUCUUACCCGGCUGCGAGCCAAAUCAUCAUUCGAGACUUCUACGUUGACGAUCUGUUGACCGGUUGCAAUGAUCUCGAUGAGCUGCGAGCGCUCAAGGAUGAACUCAUAUCGGAUGAAUCGUUGCCAAUCAACCUGCACACCGAAUGGACCACGUACGUCCAGGAGUUAAGCUCCAUCAAUGACAUCUCCAUACCUCGAGUGAUCAUCUGCAAGGAUCCGGUUCACAUAGAGCUCCACGGUUUCUCGGAUGCUUCGGAAAGCGCGUAUGGAGCGUGUAUAUAUCUACGCUCAGUUGAUGCCACGGGAAAUGUUACUAUUCGAUUAGUGUGUGCGAAGUCCAAAGUCGCCCCACUAAAGACGCUGUGUAUUGCGCGUCUCGAGUUAUUAGCAGCACUCUUACUCUCGAAAUUAGCUUAUUCAACGACUCAAGCACUUACGAUAACGCUUCCUGAUCGAUUUUACUGGUGUGAUUCGGAAAUAGUUUUAGCCUGGAUUCAUGGCGAGCCUCACAUCAGGAAGGCCUUUGUGGCGAAUCGACUAACCGAGAUUCACCAAUUAACUUCGCAAGAGCAAUGGAGACACGUCAGAUCUGAGGACAACCCCGCAGAUGUGAUCUCGCGCGGAAUCAGACCUAGUCAGUUGAAGGACUUACGCCUUUGGUGGCACGGACCCCAAUGGCUACAGCAUCCCGAGGAUCAAAUUAACCUGCCUACUCCGAAACCUAAUGGCGAGGUUCCCGAAACCAAGAAAUCUACCGUUUUGGCCACUCAAGUCAUCGAAACGAAUGACAUCCUCAAGAAGUUUUCAUCUUUGUCGAAGCUUAAAAGAGUCAUCGCCUAUUGUUUGCGAUGGAAGGAGCGUCCAAAACCUUCGCAGACUCAGCAAAUGAGGCCAUUCUCCGCAUGGUACAAGCGGAGCGUUUUGGUCGAGAAGUUCUCGAAUUACCGGCUGAGCAGAGAGUCAGGCACGAUAGUGCACUCAUUACGCUGCACCCAUUCUUGGAUAGCGACAACCUUAUUCGAGUUGGUGGACGCCUGCGUAACGCCCCGCAAAGCGUUGUUAACUUACGAAGAAAUGUACACCGUGUGCACUCAGGUUGAAGCCGUGCUUAACUCCCGUCCAUUAACGCCGAUCUCUAAUGACCCCACCGAUCUCACUGCCUUGACCCCUGGUCAUUUCUUAAUCGGUGAGGCACUCACAAGCAUUCCGGAGCCAAAUUGGUCUGAGGUGCCAUCCAAUCGACUUACUCGGUUUCAAUACGUUGCAAAAUUGACCCAACAUUUUUGGUCAAGAUGGUCGAAUGAGUAUUUAUCGAACCUUCAGCAGAGGUGCAAAUGGAAUCGCGAGGAUCAAGCGUCGAAGAUUGAGAUUGGAGCGAUGGUUGUCUUACGCGACGAGCAAGCGUCACCCAUGCGUUGGGCGUUAGGGAGGAUAGUGGAGUGCCACUCCGGUCAUGACGGAAUAACGCAAGUUGUCAGUGUAAAGACUUCUAAGGGAGUCACAAAACGCGCUCUGUCGAAGAUAUGUUUGUUACCCAUCGAGGUCUAA